AUGGUUCAAAAUCCCUCACAUCAACCGUCGCCGUCGAUUGAUGGCGAUACAUUGCGUCCGCGGGCGGACUCAUUCGCUUCUUCUGCAGAUACUGUAGUUCGUUCGCGGGCGAACUCCGAAGUAAACUCGGCACAUAUUUCCAAAGAUGCUUAUGACGAUGUAUCGUUGUCAGAUGCUUUGAAACCCGACCCUCGGAAUGAAACUGAUUUCCAAGUCGAAGAUAAUCGGUUUGCGUUUUCCCCCGGUCAACUAAACAAAAUGCAGAACCCGAAGUCCCUGGCUGCAUUCCAUGCUCUUGGCGGCUUGCAGGGUCUGGAGCGUGGUCUGCGCACAGAUCUCAAUGCCGGUUUGUCAAUAGAUGAAGGGCGUCUGGAGGGUAAUGUCGAGUUCAUGGAUGUGGCACCUUCGCAACACACAUCUACAGGAAAAUCUCCGUUACCAGAUAACACUUCGAAGCCGGCGCCGGUGUCAGCAGGUGGUAGUGGCUCACCCUUCGAAGACCGCAUCCGUGUCUUCAGUCAGAAUAAACUACCCGCACGGAAAUCGACCGGGUUCCUGAGACUAUUCUGGAUUGCGUAUAACGACAAAAUCAUUAUAUUAUUGACUAUCGCCGCUGUGGUCUCACUAUCCCUAGGGAUAUACGAGACCGUGUCAGAAGGCACAGGCGUCGACUGGGUGGAGGGAGUCGCCAUCUGUGUGGCUAUUUUGAUUGUUACAAUUAACGAUGACCGUGAAGUCAAAAUCACUCGCUCGGGAAAAACCAAUAUGAUUUCAAUAUACGAUAUCAUGGUUGGAGACAUCAUCCAUCUUGAGGCAGGCGAUUCCAUCCCCGCGGAUGGUAUUCUAGUUACAGGCUUCGGGGUGAAGUGUGAUGAGUCUUCCGCUACCGGCGAGUCGGAUCAAAUGAAAAAGACCCCCGGCCAUGAAGUCUGGCAGCAAAUUGUCGACGGCAAGGCAACCAAAAAACUCGACCCGUUCCUGAUCUCCGGUAGCAAGGUCCUUGAAGGUCUUGGAACUUAUGUUGUCACCAGUGUUGGGCCAUAUUCUACCUACGGACGGAUCUUGCUGUCGCUGCAGACUCCCAAUGACCCAACGCCGCUUCAGGUCAAGCUGGGUAAGUUGGCGGAUUGGAUUGGAUACUUGGGUACAGCAGCUGCUGGUAUUCUGUUCUUCGUUCUGCUCUUCCGUUUUAUAGCCGAUCUUCCUAAUCACCCGGAAAAGAACGGUGCUAUGAAAGGCAAAGAGUUUGUGGAUAUUCUUAUCGUUGCUGUCACGGUUAUUGUUGUCGCUAUUCCAGAGGGCCUUCCACUGGCAGUAACGCUGGCUUUGGCCUUUGCUACCACCCGAAUGGUCAAAGAGAACAAUCUCGUCCGUGUCCUUCGCGCAUGCGAGACAAUGGGCAAUGCCACAGUCAUCUGCUCUGAUAAAACAGGUACAUUGACACAGAAUAAAAUGACUGUGGUGGCCGGAACCUGGGGCUCGGACCAGGGCUUCAGCCAGAGAACCGAAGAUGAAGACGUGAAGGGGUCAAUGACUAUUUCGGCGAUUUCCCAGCAAUUAUCGGCUCCGAUCAAAGAUCUGAUCAUCAAGAGCAUUGCUUUGAACUCGACUGCCUUUGAACAGGAAAAAGAAGGCUCCAUAGAUUUUGUCGGUAGUAAGACUGAGGUUGCUAUGCUUCAGUUGGCCCGAGAUUAUAUGGGAAUGGAUCUUGUCUCGGAGCGUGGCUCCGCCGAGAUCGCCCAAGUGAUUCCUUUUGACUCCGCCAGGAAGUGCAUGGGUGCUGUUUACCGUGUUCCUGGUGUUGGUUACCGACUGCUUGUCAAGGGAGCGUCCGAGAUAAUGGUUGGCGUCUGUACCUCAGAAAUUGUCAACAUCGAUACUUCCAAGGAGAGACCCGAUGUGGAGCAGCUUUCUGAGGCACAGAAGCAGCGCCUUCUCGAGCUCAUCGACAACUAUGCUCACAAGUCUCUUCGGACAAUCGGCAUGGUUUACAAGGAUUUCACGGCCUGGCCACCGGCAGAGGCCAAGAAUUCUGAAGAUUCUUCGGCGAAUUUCGACGAUUUCUUCCAUGGUAUGACCUGGGUCGGAGUCGUAGGUAUUCAGGACCCUCUCCGCCCCGAAGUCCCGGAAGCCAUUCGAAAAUGCCACUCGGCAGGCGUCCAGGUCAAGAUGGUAACUGGUGACAACAUUGCCACUGCCACUGCUAUUGCAUCUUCUUGUGGAAUCAAGACGGAAGAUGGAUUGGUCAUGGAAGGUCCUAAGUUCCGCCAACUCACAAACGCGGAGAUGGAUGAAGUUCUUCCCCGCCUACAAGUACUGGCACGAUCAUCCCCCGAUGACAAGCGAAUCUUGGUCGAGCGGCUCAAGGCCCUCGGUGAAACGGUUGCUGUAACAGGCGAUGGUACUAAUGACGGCCCGGCUUUGCGAACUGCAGACGUCGGCUUCUCUAUGGGUAUUGCUGGUACUGAGGUCGCGAAGGAGGCGAGUUCGAUCAUCCUUCUGGAUGAUAAUUUCAAGUCCAUUAUCACAGCGAUCUCUUGGGGCCGAGCUGUCAAUGAUGCCGUUGCCAAGUUUUUGCAGUUCCAGGUCACUGUCAAUAUCACGGCUGUGAUACUCACCUUCGUGUCAUCUGUAUACAGCAGUGAUAACACCAGUGUGUUGACCGCUGUGCAGCUACUCUGGGUGAAUCUGAUUAUGGACACCUUUGCCGCUCUCGCCUUAGCCACUGAUGCCCCUACUGAACAAAUUCUCGACCGCAAGCCUGUCCCCAAACACGCCUCCCUCUUCACAUUGACCAUGUGGAAGAUGAUUCUCGGCCAAGCAGUGUACCAGCUAGCCAUCACAUUCAUGCUCUAUUUCGCAGGCGACAAGCUCCUCAGUGCCCAUCUCAGCUCAGAUCCCGAGAUGCGCACGAAGGAGCUGUCGACCGUGGUCUUCAACACGUUCGUGUGGAUGCAGAUCUUCAACGAAUUCAACAACCGCCGACUCGACAACAAGUUCAAUAUUUUCGAAGGCAUGCUCCGCAACUACUGGUUCCUAGGAAUCAACACCAUCAUGGUCGCUGGUCAGAUCAUGAUCAUCUACGUGGGCGGCCAGGCAUUCGCCGUGACUCGCUUGAGUAGCACCCUCUGGGGGGUAUGUGUUAUCUGUUCCAUUGCCUGCUUGCCCUGGGCUAUCGUGCUCCGACUCAUUCCAGACUACCAUUUCGGUAUUGUUUUCAAUGCCGUUGUUGGCGGUAUGACGGUUAUCUUGCGCCCGCUUUCUAAGGGGUGCAAGGCAAUUGGUCGUGGUAUCAGGUCCUUCUUUAGACCUGUGAAACGUUUCACCCGUCGUGUUGUCAACAAGCAGAAGUCGGAAGAUGCACUCGAGUUGGAUUCGCCGCCCGCAAACUCUGCUGAUCCCGAAGAAGCUCCUGAGAGUCUUAAUCAGAACAAGCAAAAGUCUCCUGAACGUCCUGCCACUCCUACUCUUGUCGUGGUGCCCCCUAUCACAAUUACGACCUCUCCUUAA